UAACCAAGUAUACAGAGGACUUUUGCUGGUUCUUCACUCAGAGAUGAAUUCCGCACACAAAAGGGCUGGACUCAUCACUGAGACACAUUGAAGAGAAAACAAAGAUAUGCUUCUGUGUUUCUGUAAAAAAUCAAGAUAAACCUGCAAAGUAUAAUGAGACCUCUUACAAAUAUCUAUGUCUUUUCUUGUGUCUUUACAUUCAUGCUAUGGAAUAAUAUCCAGCCAACUGUGGAAAAUGAAUUUGUUGCAAAUUAUUCAAACAGUUUGCUAACUAAUGUUCCAAAAAACAUUCCCAUCCAUACUCAAGUAUUAGAUUUAUCACAUAAUAGGAUCUCUGGACUUAGUAUUUCAGAAUUUAUUUCUCUUCCUGACCUUCAAGUAUUAAAUCUUUCUCAUAAUCUAAUUACAGAGCUUGACUUCAGUGUCUUCAUUUUUAAUGAAGAUUUAGAAUACUUAGAUUUAUCUCAUAAUAAAAUUUUGAAAGUUUACUGUCAAACUCUUGCAUACCUUAGACAUUUAGAUCUUUCUUUCAAUAACUUUACUGCCCUGCCCAUCUGUCAGGAAUUCGGGAACAUGUUUCGUUUGGAGUACCUAGGAUUAAGUGCUAUGAUGAUACGAAGGUCGGACUUCAGGUAUAUAAUACAUUUACAGCUGCACACUGUCAUCCUAACCUUAGAAGACUUUUCUCUGUAUGAGCCUCAGAGUCUGACAGCCUUGAAUACAAGGAGCCUCCACAUUGUUUUUGCAGCAAACAAAAACUUCAGUUUUUCCCUCUUGUAUGAUGGAAUGAGCACUUCAGAAAACUUAAAAAUAGUUAACUUAAGAUACACCUUGAGCUACAAAUAUUUCCCCUCUCCUCCUUUAGCGCUUCUGAAGAAAAUCAAGACAACAGCUCUAAUGCUUGACACUGUGGACUUACAAUGGGCUAUCAUUUUACAAAUUUUCCUGCUUAUUUGGUAUUCACCUGUGGAGCAUUUGACUGUGAGAAAUUUGACUUUUCGGGGACCACUGGGGGAGCUGAGUGAAUAUGAAUUUCUACCCUUAUUAAGCUCUCUGGAACAAUUAAUUUCUUUGGAUGGCUCCAUGAAAGCACUAACUUUGGAGCAUGUUCGUAAUAAGGUUUAUUAUUUCAACCAGGAGAUUCUAUACAGACAGUUUUCAGAGAUGAAUAUUGCCAAUUUGACAAUAUAUGAUGCAUAUAUGCCACACAUGCUUUGCCCCAAUAGAACGAGCUCAUUUCAGUAUUUAAAUUUUUCUCACAAUGCUCUGACGGAUGAACUGUUCCAGAACUGUGGCACUCUGACAGAUCUGAAAUUACUUAUUUUGCAGAGGAAUAAAUUUGAGAGCCUUCACAAGGUAAGCUUCAUGACCAGCCAUAUGAAAUCGCUGAAAUAUUUGGACAUGAGCAACAACUUGCUGCAUCACGAUGCCGCUGAUGUGCAAUGCCAAUGGGCUGAGUCUCUGACAGAGUUGGACCUGUCCUCAAAUCAGCUGAUGGAUGCCGUGUUUGAGUGCUUGCCAGUCAACAUCAAAAAGCUCUACCUGCAGAACAAUCAGAUCACCAGUGUCCCCAAGGAGAUGGCUGAGCUGAAGUCCUUGGAAGAGCUGAACCUGGCAUUGAACAGGCUGGCUGACCUGCCAGGGUGCGGUGGCUUUACGUCCUUGGAGUUUCUGAAUGUAGAGAUGAAUUCGAUCCUCACCCCAUCUGCCGACUUCUUCCAGAGCUGCCCACGGGUCAGGGAGCUACAAGCCGGGCACAACCCAUUCAAGUGUUCCUGUGAACUGCAAGACUUUAUCCGUCUGGAGAGGCAGUCUGGGGGGAAGCUGUUUGGCUGGCCGGCAGCGUACAUGUGUGAGUACCCAGAAGACUGGCAGGGAACGCAGCUGAAGGACUUCCACCUGUCUGAACUGGCUUGCAACACGAUGCUCUUGCUUGUGACAGCUCUGCUGCUGACGCUGGUGCUGGUGGCUGUCGUGGCCUUUCUGUGCAUCUACCUGGAUGUGCCGUGGUACGCGCGGAUGACGGUGCAGUGGACGCAGAUGAAGCGGAGAGCUUGGCACAACCACCCCGAAGAGCAGGAGACCGUUCUGCAGUUCCACGCGUUCAUUUCCUACAGCGAGCGGGAUGCGUUGUGGGUGAAGAACGAGCUGAUCCCGAACCUGGAGAAGGGGGAGGGCUGUGUACAGCUGUGCCAGCACGAGAGAAACUUUGUCCCUGGCAAGAGCAUUGUGGAGAACAUCAUUAACUGCAUUGAGAAGAGCUACAAGUCGAUCUUUGUGCUGUCUCCCAACUUUGUGCAGAGUGAGUGGUGUCACUAUGAGCUCUACUUUGCCCAUCACAAAUCAUUCAGUGAGAAUUCCAACAGCUUAAUCCUCAUUUUACGGGAGCCGAUCCCUCCGUAUAUUAUCCCUGCCAGGUAUCACAAGCUGAAGGCUCUCAUGGCAAAGCGAACCUACCUGGAGUGGCCGAAGGAGAGGAGCAAGCGUGCGCUUUUCUGGGCUAACCUGAGGGCAGCUAUUAGCAUAAACCUGCCAAUAUCCUCUGAAGCUAAUGAGGAGCAGAGUGAUGUUACUUCUAUUAGUAGUAUAAUCAGUAUGUGAAUAACUGACUGUCUUAAAUUGUUUUCAUCAAGUUUUUAUUGUUUUUUUACAGUAUUCCUAGUUUGUAGCAAAAUGUAAUUGUGAUACAUACAGAAAUUGCUCUUGCUUAUUCUAGUGAUGAAAGUAGUCAGAAAUCUUCUGUAGUUGCCCAUCAUCGACAAAGAGAAGGAGAGAAAAAUUUUCAUAGUGAUUGCACAUAUUUUUGUAGACUUAGACUCCAUUUAUUUUGGACUUUUCCCAUUGAAAUCAAUAUUUGAAAGUAACAAAAAUACUGGUUGGUUCCAUGUCAUCAGGACUGUCAUAGCAUGCAUUUAAUCUUUGUUCUGACAUGGAUGUUGUGAGGUUUAGGUGUGAUUUCUUUCCUUGAGUUUAAUUAAAUACUACAAAGAAGAAGAAAGCUCUUCUUUAAAUCCCUUCCUGCCAAAGGUACGGUAUCUCUACACCUUCAGCCUGCUUUCCUGUCCCGAAAUUCUUUCCCUUCAUCACAGACAGAGACUUCCCUGGGUAAGAGCUGAAAGUUGGAGCCAUUAGUCCAUGUUUAACAUUCUUCUUGCUUUGCUGUCCUAAAUUCCCACUUGCCUAGAUUAGAAUUCACUAUUUGCUGUCUUCAAAAUAAUAGUUAAUAUCUGAACUUAUGAAAUUUUUAUAGUAUUAUAAUAUUGCUGCUUUCUGCUAUGUUGUUUGUUGCUUUUUUUCUCCUGUUUUCUAAAACAUUGAAGCUUGAUGUUUGGAGAUGAAUCCCCUUAAUAUGCCCAGACUUUCAGUGAACUCUCUUAACCUUGCCCUUUUAAUCAGCAGGUGAAAAAGGAGUAAUUUUCACUGGGAAAUAACUUCUCUGCUAAAAUAAAACUGAUUAAACUAAUGGUAUUUGAUGAUAGGAGACAUCUAAUCAUUUGCUGUGCUUGGAUUUAAUUUGACAAUCU